UCCCUUCCAAGAUUAGGGUUUCUGGCACUCGAGAGUCGGGAUGGCAAUGUCGGGUCCUCAGCAGACUACGAAGGUCUCCCGUCCAUUUAUCUACUCUUAUUAAUCGAUUGCGCGUAUUUUGGAUUCCCUAUUAAGGUUCAAAGAUUGGAAUCGUAGGUCUGUUCAGAAAUCUGCGGCUGUUAAGAAUAUAUAACAUUCGAUUUGAUUGAGUCAUUGGUUCGAGAUUGGAAGAUGGGUAUUCAAGGGCUAUUGCCGCUUUUGAAGUCAAUAAUGAACCCGAUUCACAUUAAGCAGCUGGAAGGAUGCUUUGUUGCUGUUGAUACAUAUUCUUGGUUACAUAAGGGUGCUCUUGCCUGCAGCACUGAGCUCUGCAAAGGCCAGCGCACGUCAAAGCACAUUGAUUACUGCAUGCAUAGAGUGAAUAUGCUGCGUCAUUAUGGUGUUAAACCCAUUCUUGUAUUUGAUGGAGGUCCUUUACCAAUGAAGGGUGAGCAAGAAAUCAAGCGAUUGAGGUCUAGAAAGGAAAACCUCUCGCGUGCCAUGGAACAUGAAUCAAAUGGAAAUCUGACUGCAGCUUAUGAAUGCUACCAAAAGGCUGUUGAUAUAUCACCUUCAAUUGCGUAUGGUCUUAUUCAGGUUCUAAAACAGGAGGCUGUGCCUUAUGUAGUUGCCCCAUAUGAAGCCGAUGCACAAUUGACAUUUCUUGCCCUAAGCAAGCAUGUUGAGGCUGUUAUCACUGAGGACUCUGACUUAAUUGCUUUUGGCUGUCCAAGGAUCAUCUACAAAAUGGAUAAAUUUGGUCAAGGCAUUGAAUUCAAAAAUUCAAUGCUACAGUACAACAAAGAACUAAACCUGGCAGGAUUCACCCAAAUGAUGGUGGUUGAGAUGUGCAUUUUAAGCGGUUGUGACUAUUUGCCGUCACUGCCUGGAAUGGGCCUUAAAAAGGCCCACUCUCUGAUAAAGAAAUUUAGAAGUCAUAAGAAUGUAAUCAAACAUUUGAAGUACAAUAGUGUUGAGAUACCUCCUCAGUAUGAAGAAUCAUUUAAGAAAGCAAUUUUGACCUUCAGGCAUCAAAGAGUUUAUGAUCCCUAUAGUGAGGAUAUUGUACAUCUAUCUGAACCAGAAGAUACUUUAGUUGAAGAUCUAGACUUUUUGGGACCAGCAUUACCCCAGCACAUAGCAAAAGGUAUAGCAGAAGGGGACCUUGAUCCUUUCACUAAAGCGCCAAUGCAGAGUGAAGAAUUUGGUGAUGGUGAGCCUUUGUUUCAACAAGCCUACCCGUUCAAGAGUUUCAAGCCGGAUAUCAAAAGGAAAAAGCUUGAGUUACCUGCACAGAAGAAUCUCCUUACCAAUUACUUUUGUCUCAAUUCACUCGAGGCAAAGAGGAACUUCAGGGUUCCUCGAAUUACCUCAAAUCAUUCAGGCAAAAGUAAUGAAACCUCCCGCCCUCAAAUGCAUGGUGAUGAGGUGAUACCCAGCUCCAAUCCUGAUUUUUUGAAGUUUAGGGAUGCCCCUGUUCCUGGGCCAUGUCUCGAUGGGGAUUCGAAUCAAUCCAAAAUAAAACUGUCUACUGCAGAGCAAGGUUCGGUUUGCAGGCCCUGUAUUUUGUUGCAGGAAGAUCUUGGCUCAGAUCCAGAAAUUUUAAAGAUGGGAUCAGGGUAUAAAAGUAAGACAGUGAGAAGUCGUUAUUUUCAGAAAGAUACGAAUGUGGAACAUGACAAGAAAAGCAAGUAUCCUGUGGAUAAGAAUGACGACUACAGACUGGAAAAUGUUGUUUUGAGAGAUGUACACCAGCCUCUUCCUUCUCUGUUUGAUGAUAAGAAAGAGGAAAAAACAAUUGCUGUUCAAAGUUCUUAUUUUCAGCACAACAUCAGCCAAGAUGCUGACUGUGACAGAGAAAAUGCCUUGGGGGAAUAUCCUGUGCAGACACCUAUGUUUGAUUUAGUUGCUGGUGAGUGCCAAGAAACUGCUGAGAGCAGAAAACACAGAGUUAGGAGUUCUUACAUUGAAGGGGCAUCCUUGAAUGAUAAUAGUGAGGACUGUGAAUCUGAAGAUUUUGUUGUUAGAGAUGGGGCUGCUAUUCAGCCUUGCAAUUAUAGCACUCUCCAGAGCUUGCCGAGUGAAGAUGAUUCACUGGAAUGCAUAAGAAAGAGAAAAUUUUCUCAAAGUGACAGCCUAACUGAAGAUGUGAAUGAUAACAACCCAAUCUCAGACCUAGAGGAAGAGAUUAAAACUGAAGAAAAAAAAUUCAGCUGCAACAUCAGCCAUUUGGAGCAAUACUCAGAAAUAGCAGAUAAAUCCCUGGAAAAGUUUGCCUCAGUGAUAUCAUCGUUCAGGUACAGCUCAUCUGGCUCGCGUGCUAGCGGUCUUCGCGCCCCUCUCAAAGAUAUAAAGAACAAUUUCCUGAAGAGGCCAAAACUUAACAUGGAUUUGAGAAAUUUUGUGUAUACACCCUCCAAACGGAAGACACCCUCUGCAUCCCAGAAAACUAAACUCUAAGCAUUGGCUCGACAUUGCUUGUUCUCUCACUUCGACACAGUUCAACUGUCAGCCUGAUUUGGGGCCAUAAAACUGUACUAAUUGAUGAUAUAUUUCUGAAACUGGAAUGCAUGGCCGGACCGGACAGCUCAAAUGAGUGUUCAAAAUUUUGUAAUUUUACUAUUCAGCCAAAUAUAUGGCUGCCACAAAUCUUCUGAAAUUUUGUCCUUAAUCACUACACAGUAUUGAUGUUAAUACUAAAACAAGCAAUAAAAUUAUUGUUAUG